UCGGUAUAUAGUCAUGUAUCCUGUCCCUCGCGUCUUGAGCAAUACACUCCGCUAUCCACGUGAGGUUACGAAUCUCCUGCUCCUUCAACUUCACAUAACAAGGUAAUCCCCACUGCUAGCCAUGCAGCAGGCCAUCAUAUUGGUGGGGUACUCGCUAUCGUAGAUCUCAAAGGAUUUGGGUACGUGUGUCACGGGCUUUUUUCAGGCUAAUUGCUUGUCUUGAAAAAUGUUUGUGUCAGCCUGUCUCAGUCUUGGCAAGUGAAGUCAUUGGCACAAGCCUCUCUUCAGAUGUCUCAAGAUUACUAUCCAGAAAUAAUGGCCAAGCUUGCUAUCGUCAACGCCCCAUCUUCGUUCACGUUUAUCUGGUCCAUCAUCAAACCAUGGCUGUCGAAAGAGACAGCCGAGAAAGUCGAUGUGCUAGGGUCGGAUUAUCAGAGCGUUCUUCUCGAAUUGGUCGAUGUUGAGAACCUACCUACCACUCUUGGCGGCAAGUGUACUUGCGAGCACGCCGGUGGUUGCGAUUUGAGCGGGGCAGGUCCAUGGAUGGAUGAAAGACUUGCACAACGAAAGCAGAAGACAAACGAUACUUUCACCGUGGACGCUAGAGCAGAACCGCCGUUAUCAUCCCCGCCUGGGUCUCUCCGCCUUGGUGGCGAAGGCGACAACUUCUUGCUCCAACAGCAGAUUGUUCGCAGGCUGCUUUUACAGCGCCUUGUUCUUCGUCCGCCGACUCCUCCGCCUCACUAUUUACAUUUUCAUCUUCCUGAUAUCGAUCACGAUGCAGAUCUCGACCCAGUUCCGCCGUAUGAUGAGGUUGAAGCGCGUGAUCCGCCUUCUCCUCGUCGUGCACCGACUCCUCUUCCCGAGGAAGUAGCGGCUGUCAACGAAUUGUUGGAACAACCGGUCGUUCUCGCUGUCGCUGACGACAUCGCUGAGUUCGAUCUACUCUAA